UAUUUUCAUUUGUGUAAUAGAGUGAUUGAUGGAGUUAUUAUGAUCAUUUAUUGCUAACUAGUUUGAUUAAAUAAUUAAAACUGAUUAAUCUUUUAUAAACCCGUUGCCUGUAGUAACCAAUCUCCCUGUGUCUCUCUCUAAAAUAGCAAAAGGCACAAAAAAGAAGUGCUAAUAACAAUAAGGGGUCCUAACGGCUACUUUAAAUGGUCUGGAGCAGAGUCCACUGCUGUUAAGGCCGAGUCCUUGCCAGUUGCCACCAAGAACGCAUGGAUUUAGCGAACGCAAGUAACGAGCCCUGGGAGUGGCAGGAUGACAUACGUUUCCAAUCAGACUCUCCCCUUGAUAUUUCUCAUUGCCUCUGGGAUGAACUGGAGCAAGGUGCCAAGAAUUCGUGGUGUGUGUUUGACGAGACGACUCCGAUAAAGGACUAUGCUGGUUCUGAUUAUCCUGUUUCCUUUGUCACUGAUCAAGAGGUAACUGAUAAGGGGAUGGAAGAAUAUAGGAGCUCUUCAUCUCAACUGAAAAGGCGGCGCAUGUUGCAGUUUUCACCAGAAAUGACUGUAUGUACUUCUGAUGAAAAAAAGUCAUCAGCUUUAUUUAAAUCUAAGGUUAGGGAGGACCCUUUAACAGGAGUAAGCGCGGAUCUGUAUUUUUCAGGUUCAGUCCCUGAAGGUCAAAUCUGGGCUUCAAGGCUUCCAGAAGGUUGCAGGUCCGGUAGUGAGUACCUGGAUCAGUCACCAGACGGAUGGCUUGUGGAGUGCUUCAAUGAUCAAGACAUGCAGAUCAGUUCAGAUGACAUCAACUUCUCAGGCAUCUCUGAGGAACAAAUUGAUGUAUCAGAAUUUUGUACCAUGCCACCUCAAACAGAAAUGAAUGCAUGGCAGUCUACAGACUCUACACCUCAAGCUCUUUCUACUUAUUUUUCAGGUACUCCGUCAUCCACUGAAACUCCCAACAAACCAUCUGCCCCUGUUGCGUACCCAUUUACACUCAUUAAGCCAUGUGGAAUGCAAGGAGCUGUAACCUUAAGUGACAUCAAUCAACGGAUACUCACUCCACCAGCAUCGAUGUCAAAAUACAAGAAGAGCAAGGAUGCUGCUUCAUCAUAUCCUACUUCAGCAUUUUCAGGGAAGCCUGUUGUUGCCCUGACUAAAAUCCAAACUGAAGGAGGAAAAGGAAGCAUCACAAUAAUGAGAACCAAAGGCUGAAGAUAAUGAGUCUAGCAAGUUUCACCAAUUGCUUUUUGGUAGUUUGCGAAAUAUCUGCUGAGUUUGUUUUCAUCAUUGGGUUACUUUAUUCAUAGACCCAGCAUCUCUUGCUAUGUAUUCUGGGUCUUAGCCCAACGAUUGUAGGUCCAAUGUAUCCUUCCUCUUCUUUAAAAGUGUUUUUCUUCAUAGUGUGACAGACUCUUGAGGUUCAUAAUUCUAUUAGAAAGUCAGCUGGUUUGUUGCUUGCAA